AUGGAUUCAUUUAAUACAUAUUUAAUUGGUAUCUAUAAGGAAUUUGAUUUAUACUUAAAGGAAUACUAUAGUAAUAGUACAAGUUGUGCAGAAGAUGGUAUUGGUAAUGAAGACGGUGAUAUCGACAACGAAGAAGACGAUGAGUUUGUUGGAUUGCAAUCGUUUAUCGAUGUUGGACGACAGCUGAUAUCGCUGGUUGACGACAAAUCAUUGGAGGUCGACUUUGUCAAUAGGAAUCUCGAGUUCAUCAUGUGUCUCUGCUUCUUCUCGGGCAAUGAGCAAGUCUAUCGUCCGUUGAUAGCCGAGUGUCACCGAAUGUUUGCCAACAAAACGAUCUCAAAGAACUUUAUCGAGGGUAUUCCUUUCUGCUUUGCCAUACCGUUUGGCAAUAGAGAUCUGCUCACCCUACUGCUAUCGCACGGCAUGGAUAUAACGUUGAAGAUUGACAAUAGCUAUCUGAUGACGGCGGUGCUGUAUGCCAAUGUCGAGGCAUACGACUUCUUCAUUGCAAAUGCCGCGCCACUUAACCAUGCCAACAGUAAUGGUGACACCGCCAUGCUGUUUGCUGCAAUGAACGGUGACGAUACACUGGUGGAACGACUGAGCAAGGCUGGCGAAGAUCUCAAAGCUGUUAAUCACCAUGGAUUCAACGUGUUUAUCUGCGCUGCAUUCCACAACCAGUCGACUACCAUCACGCUGCUGGCGCGACUAAUCGAGCGAACUCACGGAAAGAAGCGACUACAGGCAAUGUUGGACCUACGCGACAAAGACGGUGAAACACCGCUACACAUUGCAUCGCGACUCGGUUUCACCAAAUCUGUCAAAGCUCUAUUGGAUUGUGGAUCGGAAAUCAACAUUGCCAAUAAGAAUCGUUGUACACCUUUAGAUUUAGCAAAGAAGGGAUUACAAUUAUCAAAAAAGAAUAUUAAUAAUAAUAGUAAUAACAAUAGUAAUAAUAGUAAUAUAAAUAUUAAAGAAGAAAUAGAAUCAUUAGAAUAUGUAAAUCAAUUGUUACCAAGUGAAUUUAAAGAUAGAUUGAUAUCUAGGUUUAAUUUAGUUAAAAAAGUUAAAAAGACAACGAAAUCAUAUCAAAAGAUUAUAAAGAUAUUCGACGACUAUAUUAAACAGAAGGAACAAGAGAUCACAAAGAAUCUAGAAUCGCUAUUGGCAGUAGAGAAACAACAACAUACACAACAUCAUAAUCAACAACAGCAAUCAAAGAAAUCAAAGAAUAAUUCAAAUAAGAAUAAACAACCACAACCAAAAACAACAACUGUUACUAAUAAUACCAAUAACACAUCAACAACAAAGAAUAACAAUAACAAUAAUAAUAAUAAUAAUAAUAAGAGUAGAAAACAAACAUUAGAAGAACAAACAAAGAAUGAAACUAAAAAGAUAGCUGUUCAAUUAGAUUUAGAUUUGAUUAAAGAUAAAGAUAACAAAGAUUUAGAAAAACAACAGUUUAUUCAAGAUAAAAGUAAUAAUAUUAAUAAUAUUAAUAAUAUUAAUAAUAAUAAUAAUAAUAAUGAUAAUAACAAUAAUAUAGAAAAUGAAAUAUCACAAAAAGAAAUUACAAAUAUAAAUAAUGAAUCAUUAGAACUAUCGACAACUUCAUCUUUAUCAAACAAUGUACAAAUUCAACAACAAACACAACAAACACAACCAGAACAACAACAACAACAAAAUAAUUUAGAUUACAGAGAGAAAUAUAAGGAAUUAGCUAUUUUAUAUUUGGAACAAGCGAGUAGGUUGAAAGAGACACUUAAUCAAUUGACAGAGAUAGAGGAUAAUUUCAUAGAGUUUAGAGAGAGUCUCUAUGAAAGAAACGAAAAGGCAGAGGUACUUGGUCUUGGUAUACCAGAGAUACUUGGUAUAGGCUUGGAAUACCUCAGUGUAGAACAACUCACUGUUCUAGCAUCGAUUCACACCGACCAUAUCAAAGAAAUAGAAAGUCAACUUGAUAAACUUGACAAUAUGGCAGCAUAUUUCAAACGUAAACCUUCGAAAGAAGAUCUACCAUCUUAUCAAUCACCGCUGUAUCAAUCACCGAAAUUCGAGGAGGUUCAUGUCAGUGCACUGGAUGUCGAGGAUGACCUGCUCAUUAGUAGCGAUGGUAUGAAAUCUCAACAGAAAGCGAUGGCAUCGGGUGCAGCGGGAUCGACGGCACUCGAUACAUUUGUACAAGUACUGGGAAUCGAUCUUAGAAGUCUGGCUUUGCUGCGUGUUGGAAUGGGUAUUCUGAUUAUGUUGGAUCUAUACGUGCGUGGUCUCUACCUGCACGACCACUACACAGAUUUGGGUGCGGUGCCCGCUAACACCGUCAUAGACAACAGUCCCUAUCUCUGGUCGUUCUACUACGUCAACGCCUCAAAGUACUGGGCCGGUCUACUUUUCACAAUCAAUUUCAUCGCCGCCUUUUCAAUGGCGAUCGGAUAUCGAACUCGUUUGUCCACUUUUAUCGCUUGGGUUUUAAUGACUUCCUUACAUGUUAGAAAUCCAAUGGUAUUAAAUGGAGGUAUGGAAAUGAUGAUAAUAACAAACAUUCUAUUCUUAUUGUUUCCUCAGAAUUCUGACAAUCUUCUUCUUCUUUUAGGUGACGACUUUUUUAGAUUAAUUCUUUGGUGGAUGUUGUUUCUACCUUUGGAGUCGAAAUGCUCAGUCGAUGCAUCGCUGAAUGUAGAGCAAAUCAAUAAACGAACCAAUAUAAACAAUGCUAGAAAUAUCAGUUAUUCACCGGUUACACAGAGCAACUCUACUUUCCCUUCGACCGACUCUGCCGGAAAGUACUAUCUUUCGUUUGGCACCAUUGCAAUUAUGAUGCAAUUCUGUAUUAUGUAUCUCUUUACUGCUGUGUUAAAGACUGGCGCCGAGUGGAACUCUGAGUACUCUGCCGUCUGUCUAACUAUCUUUUAUCAAAAACAAAAAAUAGGUGUUGCUGCUUUUAUGUUUUUACCAUCAUGGUUCUGGGAUAAUUUCUUGAAUUAUCUUUAUAGUCCAGAUAGAACAUCUGCAAUUAUCUAUUUCUCGGCAAAUAAUGAAUCAUUGUUUAAGGUGUUAUCGAUUUACAAGUCAAUGUUUUUGAUUCAUACCACACCAUUGCUGCCUGCACAACGCGAAGACGAAUCGAUUAGUCUUCAAUACCAAGAUUCGAUUUACAGUGAAAUGAAGUCAUCGGACAGCUGGAUAGCAAUCGAAAACGCUACCACUCUAGAACGUAAAUAUGGAUACAACGCAUUCGUAGAAUUGGUAAGACUCUCACCGAUCCUCAAGCUACUCAGCUAUCUCUUUGCAACCUCGCUCUUUAAGAAAUUCUACAAUUGGGUAGUCAACAGACCACUCUUUAUAAAUGGAUCCAGUUGGAACUUCUUUGCCAACAUGUAUCCAACCAAACCUGUUGUAGUUCAAAGAGGUUAUGUAAAGGAGAUUGCAUUAUUCUUAUUACUUGUUUUCGUAAUCAAUUGGAAUAUGGCAGGAUCUUCGAUGACCUAUGCAGUGCCAGAUUCGAUUCGUUGGAUCGGUCCAAUUUUCAAGAUUGACCAAUAUUGGUCGAUGUUCAGUCCGUAUCCAUCGAAGGACGACGGUUGGGGUGGCAUAGAAGUCGACUAUGAGAAGCCAGCCGUAACCUCUGAUAUGUUCCCAACACAGCGUUGGAGAAAGUUCCUCAUGAAUCUCGAGGGUUCACACCACAAAGAUCGUAGACUCUUCUACGGUAGAUACCUGUGUAGAGAGUGGAAUUGGUACGGUCGUCACAAAGGUGAGGGUGAACAACUUCAAACCUUCAAGAUGCUCUACAUGCUAGAGAUGACACCACCAUUCCCCAAGGACGGUGUCAUUCCAGAAGAUCCAAAACCACACACACUUGAACUUUGGUCACAUCAAUGUUUUUAA